UUUGUUAAUAAAUAGUGAAUUGACUAAAAUUGUUGGCCUUCUCCCAAAUAGCAUUAGCAAGGUAAACCAACAAUGGCUGAUAACACCACUCCAAGAGCCAUAACUUGCAAAGCCGCUGUCGUGUGGAAUCCAUCGGAGCCGUUGAAGGUUGAAGAGGUUCAAGUGGACCCACCAAACUCAACUCAAGUUAGGGUCAAGAUGUUGUAUGCCAGCAUGUGCCACACAGACAUCACAUAUUGGAAUGGCCACAACUAUGCUCCUCUGUUCCCCAGGAUCCUUGGACACGAAGGGGCGGGUGUGAUUGAGAGUGUUGGGGGAGAAGUGAAGGACCUCAAGGUGGGAGACAAUGUGAUGCUACUCUAUGUUGGAGAGUGUGGGGAGUGCUCGAACUGCGCAUCGGAGAAGACGAAUUUAUGCUCCCGGUAUCCUCUAUUAGCAACCGAUGAUGGGACAUCAAGAAUUUAUUCUAAAGGGCAGAGGAUUUAUCGAAUGUUUGGCAGCUCGACCUGGGCUGAGUAUGCCGUUAUGGAGUCCAACUACGUGGUUAAGGUAGACCCGAGGAUGCCGCUGUCCCAUGCCUGUCUCCUUACCUGUGGUUUCACAACAGGUUAUGGUGGAGUGUGGAAAGGACUCAAAGUUGAAAAGGGUUCAAGUGUUGCUGUAUUAGGCCUUGGUGCAGUUGGACUUGGAGCUGUGAAGGCAUCACAAAUCAUAGGAGCCUCGAAGAUAUUUGGGAUCGAUGUCAAUGAUAUGAAACGCGACAAGGCAAUAGCGUUCGGGGUUACUGACUUUGUAAAUCCUAAGCAUUCUGGUAAACCUAUAUCACAACUGAUCCUAGAGGCCACUGAUGGGCUGGGCGUGGAUUACUGCUUUGAAUGCACCGGUGUUGCUUCCGUCAUAAACGAAGCCACUGCAAGCACAAAAAUGGGAGUCGGGGAGACAUUGUUGAUAGGCUUCCCACCGGAGAGGAAGGUGGAGCUUAACCUCGUUCCAAUGAUCUUCGGGAGGACCCUGAAGGGAACAAACUUUGGUGGUGUGAAAAUCCACUCCGAUCUUCCUAAAAUCGUUGAGAAAUGCAUCAACAAGGAGAUUAAUCUUGGUGAUCUCAUAACUCAUGAGGUUUCACUUGCUGAUAUUAACAAAGGAUUUAUGGAGUACAUGAAGCAGCCUAACUGUGUCAAGGUCAUUAUCAAGUUUUGAGGGAAAUUUAGUGGAAUUUUGGUUUGAAUGUUAAUUUAUGGAUGUGAAAUGUUGAAUAAAGCCAAAAACAGUGCUCAACAUUGUAAGCAAAACAUGUUAAUGAAGUUGAUGCUAUUUUGUUGGAAA